UUUGUUUUUCCGCGUCCUUCACGCUGUGACACCGCCUGGUGGUCGUCAUCGGCAGGUAAAGGUGUGGCACUUCGGCAAAGACGUAUCUGCGGCAGUUACCUGAGAACAACAAGAUUAAAGGACGCUGCUGGCGGCGUCCGUUUUAAUCUACACAAACGAAAACAAAGAUGGUGGAACAAACAAGACAGCAGCCUCGUGUCAUCUCCCUCCAGGCUGGACCUGGUGAGGUGGACACUGGCACCGUCAGGAUCAAUGGCAGGGCUGCACAGGAGGUUGGGCGCCAGUUGGCCAUAAUUGGAGACCAGUUCAACCGGCGGUGGUCCAACAACCAGCCGCACUGGCCACCAGUUCUGCACCUGAUGAGACCUGCUCAAGCACUGACCAGAACCAUCUAUCGGGACAUCCACAGUCAGUUGUGGAGCUUCCAGGGCCUGUCUGCUGCAGUGAAGGCCUGGAUUGUGAGCACCACGCCUGGGCAGGGGACCCUCAGAGCUGAGGCGUGGACAGCCUGGGUGUCCAGUUGCACGGGGGCGGCCUGCACUGGCUGGACCAGAGGAGCACUUGUGACUGUGGCACUGGUGGCUGCAGUGAGUGUCGUCACCACAGUGUGGAUGGAAUGGAAAACCUAAAGAUGCAGUGGGUCGGUUUCCUCAACCUAGAUUUAUUUGACCAAAUAAUGUUUGCAAACGAGUGAAAACUUUUGCUAAGUAAUUUGUUUCUGCUGUUGACUUUACUUCUCUUUUUAUACUAUUUUCAUGAGCGGUAUUGAAGUUGGCAUUGAGGGCUGUGAUCAACAUGUUUAGCAACUUAAACCCAUAUUCUGUACAACUUGGGCCGUGUGGACGCGUUUUGAAGUGUUGUCUGAGCGGUGGGCCAGCAUAUUGUAGCAGUAGCAUGUUGUUUCACAGCUGUAUUAAUGUCAGGAAGCUCGUCUCCAAGACUGGACUGUUGCUGGCCUGCAGUCUUUUGUAUCCAGACUCUUUUGUUACCGGUUUAAGAGGUUUUUACAGAGGAUAUGUAGCAUGGCUUAAUUUAAAAUGAAGGGAGCUGGACUUUCUGCUGCAGAUUUAAAAUGCUUUUUCAUGUACCACGAAUAAACUUCAAAUUACAAAAACUUUA